ACUUUUUUGGUUUACUUUUUUUUUGAUAACAUUUAAUUGUUUUGUUUUUAUUUUAUUUCUUAUGACUUUUUUUUUUAAAUUAAUUUAAUAGUUAUUCAAUUGUUAUGUUUGGUUUAGUGUUUAAUUGUCGUCUUUUACCUCGAGUGAUUAAUGUGUCCAGUUUGAGAUUUGCAGGUCAUAACAAAUGGUCAAAUAUUAAACAUACGAAAACAGCGAAAGAUGUUGCCAAAGGGCAGUUGAUUAAUCGUCAUUUGUGGGCAAUUAAACAUGCGAUUACUUGUUCAGGAGGUGUUGUUGACCCUAAACUUAAUGAUAAAUUAGCCGAUGCUUUGGCAGAUGCCAGGAAAGCGGAGGUUCCCGCUGCGACCAUAGAAAGAACUCUGAAAAAAGCAACAGAAAAGAAAACCAAACCUUUCAUAUUUGAAAUAGUUGGACCCGGUGGUAGUUUUAUUCUGGUCGAAGGAGAAUCUGAUAAUAUUGGAACUUCCAGAACUGCGUUAAAAGGACUAUUAAGGCCAUUUAAAGGACAUUAUAAUUGGGCUCGUGAAGGAGCAUUGCUUAAGCUUUUCACUCAAAAAGGUGUCGUUAGAAUAAAUAGAAUUGACAAGGAUGGUAAUCCGAUUGAUUUUGACAAGGCGGAAGAGGUCGGAAUCGAAGCGGGUGCUGAAGAAGUUCGGUCGAUUGAAGAUGAUGAAGAAUCAAAAUCAAAGGAAACCUCGGAAACUUCAUGGGAUUUAUUGAUGUCCAAAGAAGAUCUUUUCUCUGUCAAAGGUUAUAUUGAAAAAAAUCGACCUGACGUGGUGAUCGGUGACUUCCGACUUGAAUAUUUUCCCCAUCUUUAUGUUGAAAUAAGUGAUCAAGACAUAGAAAAAUUAUCUGAAUUAGUUGAUGCAAUUGAUGAAUUACCUGAAGUUACAAAGGUUUUUGUUAAUAUAAAAUAGUCGAUUACAAUGUAAUAAAUUAAUCAAUUGAAACAAUAUAAUUAAACUUAUUAUCUCAUUACUAUUACAAUAA